AUGGCAGCGGCGUUGGUGGAAUACAUCCAUGAGGCGCCUGACAGGAAUGAAGCACCGCACUUAGUGCGCAUCUGCUGCUCCACGGGAUGCUCCCUACAGGAAGGCCAGGAUGCCAUGGCACAGAUACUUACUCAAGACAAGGACGUGCAUCUACUCCAACUUCAAAUCCACCGGCACGACAAAGAGCACACCGUUUACUCGGCCGUGCUCAAGCUCAGCAUCAUCCAAGGCCCCGACGAAGAAGCAAUCGACGCCAUUUUUUGGUGGCGACGCCGCCAAAGUCGAACCCGUGACCAAAGCACGUCCUCUUCCACCAAAAAUCAAGUCCAAGCAAGUCCAGCAGGUGAGCCCCCCACGGAUUCCAAGCCGGUCACGAUUACCGCCACAACCAGCCGAGAAACUACGGUGGUCCUCCUGGCCCUCCGGGAGGUGGACCCGGAGGAGACGGCACUGGCCGAUGAUCGGAAGUACGCGCUCAAGUUCGAUAGUGUCGACCGGACCAUCCCUUUGGAACAUUUUCUGGCGAAGUUCAAUAUCAUCCAGAAGAAGUACGAGCUCAACGACACCCAGGUCGUUCGAAUCUUCGAUGACCGCCUGACAUCCUGUGGGGUACUUUCCUUCCAGGACUGGUGGGCUCGACGGUGCUGUGACAGCGAACCCGUCUCCUGGGUGGAGGCUCGGGAGGCUUUCCAGAAGGAUUUCAUUCAGAAGACACUGAGUCGAAAGAUGGUGGUGAUUACUGAUAACCCCCACCGGAAGUCUACGGAAACCGUCCGGGAGUAUGCACGGCGGAUCGCGGACGCCUCCUGGGAUGCUGGGUUGCAGGCGAAUAGGGCCGUGGUUAUGAUAAUCAAUGGAUGUAGCGAUGCGGAAGUGGCCGCGUGCCUCCGGGGAGCCUCUGUUCGCCCUGAGACUAUCGAAAUCAGCCUGGACUACCUGAUUGAGCGAGAUGUGGACAUCGACAGACGAACGGAUGGUUCCCGAUCGGCCCCCCAGAUGACACCGGUUGCUCCGUCGACGCCGACUAGGUCCGCUCGGAACACGUCCCGGACUCAGUCCUCUUCGACGCCCAAUGGAAAUCUCCAGGAGCUCCAGUCCUCCAUCUCACGACUUCAACGGGAAAUGACGAGCUUGACUACCUCUAACAACGACCAGUUUUCCUCCAUCCAAGAUGUCGUCGCCAUGAUCUCUACGGACAACCCGGCAGGAAACAACCCGGGUUGUCCGUUGAACGCGUCCAAGCAGAGCACUAUGCCGGCCCACGUCAUGCCUGCACUGCAAUCCUGCGGUCGGAACCAUGCCGCCGGGUGUGGCGUGGCACUGGCCGCGAGAAUGCAAAUGACCUCCGAAGAUGAUAACAAACAAAGACUCAAACACGAUGGAAGAUACCUCCCCGGGGUGGUACGGGACGCGGCGACAAUCGAACCCAGGACUGCUCCGGGGCUGGGCGACGAUACGAAGAAUGACAGGGCGAGUCAACCCCCGCAAACGAAGGGAGUCCCGAGCUCUGCGUACAAGGACAUGCAACAAGAGGGCGGGAUACAGGAGCGCUCUGAAGACAAGUUACAGACAGAAGCCACAAUGCUACCUCCCUUCGACGAGAGGCACGGGCCGGUGCGCGACCGCGCCCCAGACCUCCGGGACCACGGGCGUAUAUUGUACACAGGACCCAGCGCCGGGGAUGACUCGCGUCGAAAAACGGACGGGAGCGAGGACAAGGAAGAGAAGGGGAUGUGUUCAGAACCCUGCGAUAAAAAGAAGGGCAUGCAUGUAGAACCCUCAAACGAAGAAAGUUCGUGUCGACAAACUAAACCGAACACCCGCGACGCUAGUGCGUCGCCUGACGGAGAUUCUCUGGCACAUCAGGGUGCCGCCUCCGUCCAGUCCCGGACCCAGCCGCGGGUUCGGGGCACAUUGGCCACCUUCCCGGAAGAGACAAGUGACGCUCGGGAGCCAGGAGCCCCUUCUCGAGACUCACGAACCCGCGCUUCGCCCACAACGAAAGGACGUAACCAUGCCGACAUCGCCCGGGUGGUGACUACGGCGCUCAAACGGUCGCUGACGGAGGCCGAUAAUAUACUAUUCGACUCCCCGGUGGAUAUCGACGACCCUGAAAGGUGGUUGGACUGGUUCUCGACAACCCUUAACACGUGCGAAGUGGCCCGCACUGCAAAUCGGAACUUUGAGCAGGAACGAGUGGCCAUGGUGGCUGACACUCGACCUCCAGGCGACCGCCUAGGGAUUCCUGGCGGCUAUCGGACUCCUCGCCCCCUCUGCAGACGGUCGGACUCGCCUAAAGAAAAGGGUCUCAAUGGAGGAAGCGACCCGACUGCACUCACGCAUCUGGAAGGACUCGACUCUGGGAGUGCCGUGAUCGACCCAGGCAUCCCCCACUCCUGCACGAAACCGAGGCUCCGGACAGGCGACACGACCCGAGGGUCGGGGAGGACUCUACACGGCCUUGACGAGUCCGGGUUCACGGCCCUCCUUCACUCCCGGACCCGCGAUCCGUAUCCGUUGUGUGGCGUCAUGACCGAAUCCCUGGCACCACCUGUACUGGCCACCAUCGAUGGGCAUAGCACACAAGCUUUGGUAGACACGGGCGCAUCGGUUACGGUCAUUAGCCAGGAAUUUUGGAUGCUCCUGGGCCGUACCCCGUCGUACCGUCUAGUUUCAGCUGCGAACGCCGGCAUUUCGAUUCUGGGGUUUCGACACUGCAGCGUUACCUUGACCGGUAUAUCUACAACGUUCUCUGUCUGGGUUCUGGAAGCCUCAGUCACCCUGUGCAUCUUGGGAGUCAAUCUCCUCCGGAAGUUGCAUUCUCUCGUUGACCUCGGACGGGACCAAGUAUGUUCUGCGGUUGCGCAUGCAUCUCCGCUUGAGGAGACCCCUCGAAUUGUCAAGAAAGCGUCGCACCACAAACGCCUUCGAGUGUGCGACGACAGCGACGACGACGACGAGGAGGCCGAGUUUAUGCCCACGUCCAAGCCAGUCCAGCAGCCGGUCACAACCAGCCUAGAAACGGUGUCGCAUCUAGCACCACCAGCGCCCGUACUGUCGUCGCAGCCAAACGAGGUGGCCAAUAAGGACAAACCAAUCCAUCGCCCCCCGCCCCAGAAGCAGCAAAAAGAAGUCUCCACGACCCGCAUCAACAAGCAAGGGUACAUGGUGACCGAGACCACGUACGAAGACAUGGAGGACGACGACGACCUGCCACCAACGUCGCCUCAAGCCGGUCCAUCGAGUGGAAAACUGCCGGCGCCCCCGCCCAAAAAGAAACGCGUGGUCAAAGCCUCCGGGUCGGCGAAACAGAGCAACCUCAUGGACUUUUUCGAAAAAAAAUAA